GGUUCCCCAGGAUCGCAGGGGGGCCGGAGGGGCGGGGGAGAGGAGAAGGCGCGGAGGGCGCGCGUGCGCACUGGCGCGGGGAGGAGCAGGGACCUGGCAGCAGGCUGGGAGGCUGCGAGCGAGCCGCGAACCGGGCGGGCGGCGGGCGGCGGGCGCGCGCACCAUGGGGGAGAAACCGGGCACCAGGGUCUUCAAGAAGUCAAGCCCUAACUGCAAGCUCACCGUGUACUUGGGCAAGCGGGACUUUGUAGACCACCUGGACAAAGUGGACCCUGUCGAUGGCGUGGUGCUCGUGGACCCUGACUACUUGAAGGACCGCAAAGUGUUUGUAACCCUCACCUGCGCCUUCCGCUAUGGCCGCGAGGACCUGGACGUGUUGGGCUUGUCCUUCCGCAAAGACCUGUUCAUCGCCAACUACCAGGCCUUCCCCCCCGUGCCCAACCCACCGCGGCCCCCCACCCGCCUGCAGGACCGGCUGCUGAGGAAGCUGGGCCAACAUGCCCACCCCUUUUUCUUCACAAUCCCCCAGAAUCUGCCCUGCUCCGUCACCCUGCAGCCAGGCCCCGAGGACACAGGGAAGGCCUGUGGAGUCGACUUUGAGAUUCGAGCCUUCUGUGCCAAAUCGCUAGAAGAGAAAAGCCACAAAAGGAACUCUGUACGCCUGGUGAUCCGAAAGGUGCAGUUUGCCCCAGAGAAACCCGGCCCCCAGCCUUCGGCAGAAACCACACGCCACUUCCUCAUGUCCGACAGGUCCCUGCACCUUGAGGCUUCCCUGGACAAGGAGCUGUACUACCACGGGGAGCCCCUCAAUGUCAACGUCCACGUCACCAACAACUCCACCAAGACCAUCAAGAAGAUCAAAGUCUCUGUGAGACAGUACGCGGACAUCUGCCUUUUCAGCACUGCCCAGUACAAGUGUCCCGUGGCUCAGAUCGAACAAGAUGACCAGGUGUCCCCCAGUUCCACGUUCUGCAAAGUGUACACCAUCACCCCACUGCUCAGCGACAACCGGGAGAAGCGGGGUCUUGCCCUGGACGGGAAGCUCAAGCACGAGGACACCAACCUGGCUUCCAGCACCAUCGUGAAGGAGGGCGCCAACAAGGAGGUGCUGGGCAUCCUGGUGUCCUACAGGGUCAAGGUGAAGCUCGUGGUGUCUCGUGGCGGGGAUGUCUCCGUGGAGCUGCCGUUUGUGCUUAUGCACCCCAAGCCCCACGACCACAUCACCCUCCCCCACCCACCCCCUCCUCGCCUAGCUGCUCCUGACACAGAUGCCCCCGUGGACACCAACCUCAUUGAGUUUGAUACCAACUACGCCACGGACGAUGACAUCGUGUUUGAGGACUUCGCCCGGCUUCGGCUGAAGGGGAUAAAGGACGAGGAGGAUGAGGACCAGUUCUGCUAGGAGGAGGGGUGGGUGCUGCUGGGGGAGGGAGGGCCCCAGCCUCCCCACCGUCCCUCCCUCCGCUCAGCAGCUUCCCCAGGCAACCCCUCCCCUCCCCUCCCCUCCCUCCCUCCCUCGCCAGUCGCCCCCAGACACGCACUGGACCCAUCUCUUGUGGAACGUGGGCAUUACUUUCUGGACUCCAGCUGCGCCUCCCCAACCCCCCCGUGGGUGGCAAGCUGUGUUCGAACCUAAAUUUUGCGGAGGGGGUUGCUGAAAGACAGUAGGGAAAGUGGGGAGAGGAACCCCCACGUUCAGCCUCACACCAACAGCUUCCCUUUCCUUCAAGAAAAGACCGUCUGGGGCUGGGGGGUUAAGGCCACUUCUUUGUUUCUGAGCAUAAAGAAGAAAAUAAACCUUUUAAUAGGCA